AUGCAUAAAGACGAAGAAUCAAGUAAAACUACAAGAGAAAGCGAAUUUGUCUUGACAGAUAAAUCGUCGGGUGUGUCAUGGAUUUUACCUACUCCCAUUAAAUCCGAUGGAAAAGUACAAGCACAACCAACGUCUGUUGAAAUACAUUCUGAUCCGGUGCCAGGUUCCCGUGAAGAAGAUGAAAGUGGAAAAGGAUUGAAAGUAUUCGAUCCAGCAUUCCAAAACACUGCUGUCGCAUAUUCAAAGAUUACAUACAUUAAUGGUGAUACUGGAGCUUUACGCUAUCGUGGCUACCCGAUUGAGCAACUGGCGGAAAAGUCCACUUACCUUGAAGUUGCCUUUCUUCUUAUUUAUGGCGAACUUCCGUCAAAACAACAAUACGCAUAUUUCUCUCAUGAAAUCAUGCAUCAUACAUUUGUACAUUUCAACGUAUCUGAAUUAAUGCGCCAGUUCAACUAUGACGCCCAUCCCAUGGGAAUGUUUAUCAGCGGUAUUUCUGCCAUGAGUACUUUUCAUCCAGAUGCUAAUCCGGCUUUAGAA